GGUGUGAGGAGCUGUAAGCUAGCAGGAGAUAGUGUAAAAGAUGAUUGAUGGGAAGUUGGGGUGGGCGUGCUCAGCGCCAACGGUCACAACUCAGAAAAAAGAAUUCUAAGGAACUAGUGCUGCUCUGCAGAAACGAUGUCCUAGAAAAUGACUGAUUGUUUGAUUGAAGCCACAAAUGGCAGAACCAUAAUUAUAUUAAGUGUGGGACUUUAAAGAACUGUUUUGCUGUUUGGGCCACUGUUCAGCACCACUUUCCAACACAAAACCUCAAAAGGUCACCUGAAAGUGGGAGUCAGCUCAGGAGGUGGGUUUGGAGUGUCCUCGCCAGCGCCUGUGCACUCACUCCAGUCACGACCCCCUUGGCCUGUUCACCUCUAAUUACAUGUUCAUCUGGGAUGAAACAUGAGUGUGGGGGGGGUGAUCCGUGUCACAGAAAGACGAUCGGGUCGGGUCGGUGCACGGCCUGGGAUGACUCAAAUACUUUCCACCAUCAUGUUGGGGGUCUGCUUUCGGCAGCAAAAGGUGCCAGCGUACAGAAAGCAGCAGCUGGGACGAGGAAGAUGAGUCUCCAUGAGCGAAUCUGAGCAACAAAUAAACAUGUCUGAGGAAAAAAAUGGCCAAAGGAAACCUUCCAGUAACAAGAACAUUCGGAAGCUUCGGGCGGCUGGCGUGGUGUGCAGCCUGACGAGCAGCUGGCAGCAGUGGGUGUCUGACAGUGAGAAGAAGCAGGCCGGCGAGCCCAGCGGCUGGGCUCCCCCUUUGCUGGAAGAGCAAGCAGCAAAACCCAAGACAUGGUUUCCAAGGAAACCACCUCCUACUCAAACCCAGAAAAUGUCUGAGAGUCUUGUGGCCCAAACCCAGAAUCCUCAGGGGUCAUCCAACAGCGGCGAAGUCAAGAACUCAAGCCAACCUUGUGUCAAAACAAAGCAGGCGGUGAAGACUGCGAGCCUUCAGGAGAAAGGGGCAAGCAUCGGACCCCUGACCGAGACGAUGAAGAGGGAGUCUCUGCCAUCGGGCGAGGAGAUCGAUAAGCUGCUGAGGAGGAAAAGCUCCCCGACACGCCAGAGGAAGUGCUCCAACAUGGUGUCCUCUCUGACCAAAAGCUGGAAGCAGAUGGAGAGCGAGCAAAGGCUUUCUAAAGACGAAGGAGGACCAGCGGAGGAACACAAACGCGGGGCAGAGCAGGAGAGCAGGGAUGCGGGGUCGGAGAAAUCACAUGUGGCAGAUGCUCAAACACGCGUGACAAACAUUUCUGAGGACGUGAACCACUCUGACGAGGAGGCAGUGAGGAUAAAAAGACCCCAGGUGUCGACGUACAAAAAAGACACUGAAGACGCCAACAAGAUCAACGCCUUCUCCAAGAAAUACAGCGCCGUGGGAAACCUCAAGAGCCGCUGGCAGAACUGGGCCGUCGAGCACACGGUUAACCAGAAGUUGAACCCUUUCAGCGAAUACUUUGACUACGACUACUCCAUGUCGCUGCGCCUCCAGAAAGGCCAGGAGGGUUACGGACGUCCCAAGGAGGGAACCAAGACGGCGGAGAGGGCGAAACGAGCCGAGCAGCACAUCCACCGGGAGAUAGACGACAUGUGCUACGUGAUCCGGACCAUGGCAGAGCCGGGUCCGGACGGAAAGACGCGGGUCACGUUUGGACAGCUGUUUGACAGAUACGUCCGGAUCUCUGAUAAGGUGGUGGGGAUCCUGAUGAGGGCCAGGAAACACGGGAAAGUGGCUUUUGAUGGGGAGAUGCUGUGGCAGGGCCAGGAUGAUGGAGUGAUCAUUACUCUACUGGUGUGACAUUAUGGUCUGUUUAUGUCAUUCUUUUUUUUUUUACAAACUGUUGCCUCUCUGACCUCAUUUUUGGACAUGGGUGGAUGGAGUUCUGAUACUAUGCAGCAGACAAAUUACAUGAAGAUGUCUGUUAACACAUCGGUGUGGAUUCUCAGUCAUGAUAAAAAGAGAAGUUCUAAAAAAUUCAACUCAGAAAAUAUUGUCCAACUGAAUUAUUUAGAACGUCAGAAAACACAGUUUCUGCGUUUUUUUGUUUUUUAUAGUUUGAACACUUUUAACUGUUAUUUGUUCACAUUUAAAAUGUCUUGCUGAUGAUUUACUAAAUUCUGGCGUGGCUGCAUGGUGGUGUAGUGGUCAGCGCUCUCACCUUACAGCAAAAAGGGCCUGGUUGAAAUCCCAGCUGGGCCCUUUCUGCGUAGAGUUUGUAUGUUGUAAAUAUUUGGCUUUUCUCCAGACACAGUCCAAAACCAUGCUUCAUAGGUUAAUUGGUGUCUCUCAAAUGUCCCAAGCUGGGAGUGUGCUGACCUGCAACAGACUGGUGGCCUGUCUCCUGCCUUUGCCCAACAGUAGCUGGGAUAGGCUCCAGCAACCUUGUCACCUAUAAAGGGAUUUAGCAAGUUCUGAAAAUGGAUGGAUGGAUGUUUAAAAUCCAGAAAAGAAUCACAAUUAAGUCACAAUUAGGAAAAUAAAAAUAAAAAUGUCACUUGCAUUGAAUAAAAAUAUUAAACUCAAUCCUGAAGCAGACAACAGCAAAAUGACCGGUUUAAAGCUGAGAUACGCUGAGAUUCCAUUGAAAACACCAAAAGAAUGAGUUGUAACUCAGUAAUGUGCAACUAAUUCUUGAUUUUGAUCAGGAUCUUUGGUGAAACUUUUCAGUAAAUUUGUUUUCACUUCAGAAAUAGUUUUCUGAAAAACCAAAGGUACUAAAAGUCCUUCAUAGUAUAAAGGGAUUUUGGGCAAACAGAACUUCUUUUGGAUGCUGGUACAUUUUUUGCUGUGCCGUCAUACCGGAUUGUCCUCUGAAAUGCUAUUGUUAACUUUGUGUAUAUGAUCUAAAACCUAAUUUUUAAAUCACAGAAGCAGACGAAAGGAGCCGGACUCGUGCUGGUAAAGUUUUGAAUGGAACACAUAUGUAGAGCUGAUGUGCAAUAAUUUAGCAAGAAAAGACGGCCAAUUGAACAUUUCUUUAGGAGGACAAAACAGCCGAUGUUCAAGGAAACCAAUCAAACUCCAUCAGAAAAAAAGAAUAAAUAUUAUAUGCAAACCGAAAGAUCCAUGAAAACAAAAUAAAAAGUAAAAUGAGAUAAACAUUUUUGCACAUUUUCAUUAAAGGAGACUUUUAAAGCAGAUAAAACAUGUAAAAAAAUCUUGAAACAAAAGGUGAUUCUUGAAUGUUGACAGCUCUCCAAGUUAUGCAUCAUUCAUGUCACGCAUGAUGUGUUAUCUUUGCCCGUCAUGCUAUUUUCUGCAAAGCACACCUUCCUUGCUUUACAGUAAAUCACACUUAGAUCUGAGAAAGUAUGUUGCUUCUGAUCAGCCUUCUCGACUUUUAGUCAAAUUAGAUCAUCUCUCUGCAUGUUGCUAUUCAUUCAAAUGAAGAACCAAAUCAAAUCAGCAUCCUUGACCUUCAAUGGAAUAUAUUCUGUCAUCAAAAAAAAAGUAAAGCAUGAAAGAAAAACACAUUUCUAUGUUUUUGUGGCGUCAUAUUUGUGCACAGGAGUGCUUUAAAAAAAUCCUGUCUGUGAGGUUUCACUUUCCUUCACAUGAGUAGACUUUUGUAAGACAGAAAAGAGUAUUUAAUCUCACGUAGAUCUUGCAAAAGUGACUUGGCAGACAUUAGCUUCUGACGUGACUCGCAGUACCGGUUUACUGCUGCUUCAACUGAACACAUGUACUCCUUUAGUUUAAUGUAUUGGUUCCAAAAUAUUGGUAGAAUACAAAAAUAAAAGAGGUUUAUUUUCUUCAAUUGAGGUAAUUUGUUGUUUAAAUGUAAUAACAUUUGUUUAAACCUUUUUAGACAUGCACCUGAAAUCUCGGUGAUACGUGAUAGAUUAUACUCAAAUUGACCUAACAUAUAUUACCCAGAGUUCCAUGCUAGUGAACCAGGACUUUGUGCAAAAUGAACGAUUGGAAGAGGACUACUCCACUUGUAUUCUGACUGGUGAGGAACCUAAUUAGACACCCGAAUCCUCACUAAAACACAUAUGAAUCUAAGACAAGAAGACAGGGAGACGUAUCUUCAUCCCUAGGAUUUGAGAUAGCAGCUAAGCUCCAGUGAGCAAAAGAAAUAGGGAGCACUUGAGGAGGAGGAGGGUUGGACCAUUCCUCACUGUUCUCCACACUGAGUGAACUUGUUGGCAUCACUGAUGUUACGGCUCCCAAUGGAUGACCAGUGCAAGAGCAGCAAACGGCAACAGUGAACCUAA